AAAGGCGAAAAUCUGUAUUCAGAACUCAGAAGUAAGUCAAGGAGGAAGCAAGUUUGUUGUUAAACACUGAUAUUAGCUACAAAAGAUAUAUGAAAAUUGAAAAUUAAUAAUAAACUCCUUUUCUACUAAAUCAUAUAGAAUUUAAUUUUGCUAAAACCAAAUUUGAAAUGGUAAUAGAAUGUAACAAAAAAGAACGAGAAAAACUUUUUAGUCAGUCCAAUGGUGCACUUUUACCGGGGUACACUGGUCAUUGUCCAACAUUGAAAUUCCGUUUUGGGAAACGAUAUGGAGCUAAUACUUUAGACAUAAUUCAGGAACUUCGUGAGAAAGGAGUGUUAAAACAAUGUGAUUUAAAAAAUAUGUAUCUGAGAGAUAGCCCAUUAGAUGAAUUGCCUCCAAAACCAAAUAUAAAUGAUUUAAAAAUGAAUAUUGACAAAGAACAAGAAACGGUCAAUAAUUAUCAAAGAUAUAUUUUAGGCUAUACCGGAUAUAUACCAGGGAUGCAUUUUCGGUAUGGCAAAACUUUUUGUAGACUUGCUCAAGAAUGUGAAGACAAUAUGCUUGUCAAAUUAUCGUCAGAACAAAGUCGAAAAGCUAUUGAUAGACCUGUUCGUUUUUUGCCUCCAAAAAUGGUUCCAGAUAAAGCCAACAUGCGUCUACAACAUACUUUGAAUAAAUAUAAAAGAAGUAAAGAUUUUAAAGAUCAUAAAGUAUCUUCUGAAUUACCACCUAUAGCUGGUUAUACAGGUCAUAUUCCAAGACUCAAAGUAUCUAAUAUUUCAGUGAGUUUACCUUUUCAUCACUCAGCCAAACUUGGAUUGUCGGUUUUAAAACAAGACAACGGAAAUGCUGUCAAACAAUAUACUAGAUAAUUUGUAAAGAAUUUUUUUUGUUAUUAUUAUUUAUCUACUACGUAGAUAUUAUAUAAAAAUAGUUUUUCUUAAAUUAUAUUAUAUUAUUAUUAUAAAUUUAUAUUUAUAAUAUAUAAAACGUUUACACAGUUGUUUUUUCUUUAUUUUUUAUGCAACCAGUUACCGAAAUAAUUCAUUUUUAAAAUGUUAAUAUCAAUUCAGACAAAGUGUUAUGAAGGUUUAACUAAAAACUUAAUGAUGUCAAUUUAUUUAUAAUGAAUAAAAUGUAUUUAAUCUGA